CAUGAACUCCAACAUAGAGAAUCUGCCUCCGCACAUCAUCCGCCUAGUGCACAAGGAGGUGACAACACUGACGGCCGACCCACUUGAUGGCAUUAAAGUCUUCCCCAAUGAGGAGGAUCUCACGGACCUGCAGGUCACCAUCGAGGGCCCUGAGGGCACCCCCUAUGCUGGAGGUCUGUUCCGAAUGAAGCUCCUACUGGGCAAGGAUUUCCCUGCCUCUCCACCCAAGGGCUACUUCCUGACCAAGAUCUUCCACCCAAAUGUGGGGGCCAAUGGUGAGAUCUGUGUCAAUGUGCUCAAGAGGGACUGGACGGCUGAGUUGGGCAUCCGACAUGUGUUGCUGACCAUCAAGUGCCUGUUGAUCCACCCUAACCCAGAGUCUGCACUCAACGAGGAGGCUGGCCGCCUGCUCUUGGAGAACUAUGAAGAGUAUGCUGUCCGGGCUCGUCUGCUCACAGAGAUCCAUGGGGGUGCAGGUGGCACCAGCAGUGGGAGGGCUGAGGCUACCCGGGGCGUGGCAAGUGGGGCUACAGGCUCCUCCACUGACCCUAUGACCCCAGGAGUCCUGCGGGGAGCUGAGGGUCCCAUGGCCAAGAAACAUGCAGGCGAGCGAGAUCAGAAGUUGGCACCCAAGAAAAAGUUGGAUAAGAAGCGGGCACUAAGGCGACUGUAGUGGGCUCUUCUCCUUCCUUCCUUCUGUUCUAUCCCCUCCCACUCUGUCUCUAAGUUAUUUAAAUUAUGGCUGGGGUGGGGGAGGGAAUGAGGGGGCACCAGAACCUGGAUUUGGUUUUCUAAAUAAAAAUUAGAAAAG